GAAAAAUUAACCGCAAAGAGUGUUACUUCUUUCUUGAACGAUACAUUUGCUUGUUGCCUUGAUAAGAAGAAGAGAGACAGGAGAGGUGAAAAGAGGGUCGGCACGACUGGACAACUGAAAUCCAUUAAGGCACCAAGGAAAAUGAACUCGACUCAGCUUUGUAUCAAAGACGCCACAGGAGAAUUCGAUCCAGAGCAUCCAGAAAAUUCAGGGAAUCCUGAGGAUAUGGCCAGUAACUCAGCAGCAGUUCCAGAGUGUUCAAACGCUAAUGCUGACAGCGUUGAUCAUGAUUCAGAAGAAAUAGUUGUUGAUGACGAUGUACCUCACAUCUCAAAGGAUGUUAUGGAGUCUCUCGCAGCUCCUUCGGGAUCAGUGAAACGUAUAGAUCCGCCUCAAAUUUCGAAAGAUGUCGUGGAGUCUGUUUCAGCAUCUUCGGGAUCAGUGAAACGUGUACGCAUGCCACCCCGGCACAACGCCCCCAUUACGGCGAAGAAAAUGAUGGAAACGAUCAACGUAACGCCUCCCACUCUGCCGCCCGAAGAAAUUCCGAAAUUAGGUGUCCCAUGGCCAGACAGGCUGUUCAUAGUGGAAGGCAGGCAACUGCUUGAACUAUUUCGCUUUUGCCCGCUUUGUGGAACAGAAUUAGAGGCUAGUGGAAGUUCCUUCAAAUGUUCAUCCGAAGGUAACAAUCCGGUGGUAGAUGUACAUUGCCAAGUUUGUAUGGAUAAGAGAGGAAACAUUGGCCGGUGGAAAGGAUAUCUCUGA